GGCAAGCCGGUGGCGACGUCUUCAGAACGUUUUCUCCCUCCAUCUUGGCGUUCACAUAAAAGCUUUGAAUGUACCUCAAAGUUUUAACGCAAAAUCAGUAUUUUUAGUUUAUUUGAAAGGUCAACGCCCCAUACAGCCAAAGACGAAGCUGGUUCAUACAACAAGGACGAACUGAACUUUGAAUUCGGUGAUAUUUCAAGUUUCAGUCUUCAGGAUCUCGUAGAAGAUAUGCUGGAACCGACCGAUGUGGGACUUGCAGAAUACCUUCUAAAUUUCCCUGGAGUUAAUUGUUCUCAAACUCCGGGGAUAGAGGAGGAGAAAAAUGAUUACUUCGAUCACAUAGAAGACCCUUUUGAAUUCGAUUUGAAUGCAAGUUCCUUUCAUGAAAACCACUCAGAAAAUAUCAUGGAGCUACCUGAAACGGGUAAGUCGACUUCAAAGAAGAAAAACUUGACGAAGAUAAGCAAGAGGGAUGAAAAAGCAAAUCAGAAAACCACACCAGCUAGCAAACGUUUAAAGGGGAAGACAGUUGCAAAGGGAGAAAGGAGACAAGCAGCUAAAGUUUCCAUGCGGAGCAGUCAGACCCGGACACUAUCGACUACUUUAGAUGACAAUAAAAUGACUCUUAAAUCAGAAACAACAAAAUCUAAAUGUUCUAAAGAAUGUAAAAAAAGAAUUAAUGAAAAAUCCAAUGGAAAAACUGUUAAAGAAAACCAGUUUGAUGAUCAUACAACAAGUCCAAAUCCUACAACAACAAGCACUAAAGGGAUCAAGAACAAGGGUAAAGCCAUGCACAACGAAGGACUGGUUGGGGAUGUAGACAAAGUUAAAACAAUAACCGUUAUGAAAUGUUUGGAUGCAAACGUUUCACCUACCCAACUAGAUAUGGACAGAUAUGUGAGUGACGAAGGAAUUAACCGCCAAGCCAUUAUGGCAAAAAUAAACAGAGAGAAGAAAAAACAGUAUGUGCAGGAGCUGGAAGGGAGUGUUGAAGAAUACAAAAGCAAAAAUGCAGUACUGCAGAAGGAUUGCGAGGACAUGAAGGGGCUAGUUAAAGACUUGCAGAUGGAAAUUGCAUACCUGAAGGGUGUUUUAGCCAAUGAAAGCCAACUUGCAGCUCUAUUGAAGAACAUUGGCAACACUGAUGGUGUUGAGUUUGUUGGUAGUGUUGAUAAAGUUAACACACUAAAGAGAAAGGCCAGUACUACCAAGGAAAGUGUUAAACCUUCAAAGAUAUCCAGACCAAAUGGAGACACAGACUAUGUCAAAGCUGCAGGGGUUUGUUUGCACGUUAAAAGUGGUAAAGUCUCUCUUGAAUUUUGCUCAAAAUGCAACAUGAGUUCAAGUAGUGAUGAGUGAUUUGGUAUAGAUAACUAUGUAUUGGUAAAAUCUCUGAAAUGGGCCAUUGAUGGAAACACAGGUAAUUGUGUUAUAGUAAUGAAAUGACAAAACAUGGUAAGCUCAAGGGGCUUGACCCAAGUAUAGAUACAAUGCUCAAUCAGUCUAUAGACAGAACAUCUAAUGUCUGGGAGAACUCUUCUCAGCCUUUUUCUUUCAGGUCCAUUGAAAUCUGUCAUUGACUCAAAACAACACCAACAGAUUGUGUUCUAGGGUUAGUAUAAAAUCCCUUCAAAGUUUUCAUUAUACCUGCUCUGUCAUGGGCUUUGUUGACUGAAUUCUAACAAACUUUUCACAUUUUCUUAGUGCUGGGAUGCUACUGACUCCUUGCACCUCCCGGAGUCGAGUAUCACUGCUAACACGAGUUACACAUUGUGUAAGUAAAUAGUUUCCCUUCCGGCAGUAAGUAUAUGGAGAACUCAGGUAAAUGGUUUAGAAAUCACUAUAUCAAACUUUUUUGAAUGGGAACAAUAAAUAAUCCAUUUUUGAAAUUAUUUUAUACACAAUUUAAUAAAGGAAACAUUCAUAAAAGUUUAAUUGUACCCAUUAUAAAUUAAAAAUUUUGAUUUUUUAAUGCUAUUUUUUUUCCUCUUCCACUUUUUAUGCAAAAUGAAACAGGGUUAAAAAGUAUUUUCCAUACCUUUAUGGUACUGUUGUUUUAUCCAGACACAGGUGUAAUUCUCCAAUGGAAUAUGCUAUUUAUGGUACAAGUAGUCACUGUAAAAUGGACACUAUUGAAGUUAUGAUAAAUUGUUGAUAGUUGUACAUAAUUUUGAUAUAUUAUAACUUUAUACUCUUUCAAAGCUGAUCUAUAAAUGAACAGAUACUACACAUAUUUAUUUAUCAGCUGAGAAAAAGGUUUUUGUACAAGCUUGGACUCCGUUUGAACUCAUUUAGCAUAUCACUCUUGUAAGUCACAAGGUUAGGAAGCGAUGUAAAAACAAUUAAAAAAUAUUAUUUGA